AAAGAAGCACAUACACACACACACAGAUCAUCAAUCAUGACGAUGAGUACAAAUAAUUGUGAAAGUAUGACAUCAUACUUUACAAAUUCCUAUAUGAGCUCGGACAUGCAUGGGCACUAUCCAACUGGUGGUGACAUGGAUGCUCAGAUGCAUCAUUACACUCAAACGCAUCACAAUCAAGCCGGUAUGCCUCCAUUUCCACGUUAUCCACCAUACGAUCGGAUGGGCUAUUAUAAUCAAUCAAUGGAACCGACAGGCUAUUCACGGCCCGAUAGUCCAUCAAGUCAAGUGGGUAAUGUGAUGGGCCCACAAACCCAACAACCACCUCCACAACAGAACGGUACAAUGCAACCAAUACAGCAACAACCUCAACAGCCACCAAUUGUCUAUACAAGUUGUAAAUUGCAAGCUGCGGUUGGCAAUGGAGGUCUCGGUAUGGUUGUUGGAGAUAAUGGUUCACCACCACUCGAGCAAAUGGGACAUCAUAAUCAUAUGAAUAAUCAGCAAAUGCAAAUGGGACAUCAUAUGCAUGGUCAAGUGAAUGAGGUUGCUCAUCAGAAUCCACACAAUAUGGGCAUGUAUACAAAUUCUGGAGCUGCACCAGUUCAACCACCACAAAAUAUGAUGCAUCAGCAACCGCCUCCCAUCCACCAAGGACAACAGCAACAACAACAGCAACAACCGCCAAAUAAUCACACUCAAUCCUCACUUCCAUCACCGUUGUACCCGUGGAUGCGGAGUCAGUUCGGUAAGUUAGAACGAAAGCGAGGACGUCAAACAUAUACGCGAUAUCAGACAUUGGAGCUAGAGAAAGAAUUUCAUUUUAAUCGCUACUUAACACGAAGAAGACGAAUUGAAAUUGCACAUGCAUUAUGUCUCACUGAACGCCAAAUUAAAAUAUGGUUCCAAAAUAGAAGAAUGAAAUGGAAGAAGGAGAACAAGACCAAAGGAGAACCCGGUUCAGGUGAUGGUGCCGAUGAAAUUACACCACCUCAAAGUCCAGUAUAA